UGCUAAGGGGAGCGGCAGGGAGGUGCCCACUGCGCAGGCGCCAGGGGGCGAGACCGAGGUGUGCGCACGCGCAGCUUGUCUUCCCAGCAGUCCCCAGAACAAGAUGGCGCCGCGGGAGUCUGUAUGUCUGCCUAUCUGAGGGAACGUCAGGCUGUCUGUCCGCCUCCGUAUUCCAGCUCUGCGUUGCUCCUCGUGGAAGCGAAGCCUGAGCUCCGGCGGGCGCGAUGGCCGCGGUGGUGGCCAAGCGAGAAGGGCCGCCGUUCAUCAGUGAGGCCGCAGUGCGGGGCAACGCCGCCGUCCUGGAUUACUGCCGGACCUCAGUGUCAGCGCUGUCGGGAGCCACCGCCGGCAUCCUCGGCCUCACCGGGCUCUACGGCUUCAUCUUCUACCUGCUCGCCUCCAUCCUGCUCUCCCUGCUCCUGAUUCUCAAGGCGGGAAGGAGGUGGAACAAAUACUUUAAAUCACGUAGACCUCUCUUCACAGGAGGCCUUAUCGGUGGCCUCUUCACCUACGUCCUGUUCUGGACGUUCCUCUAUGGCAUGGUGCACGUCUACUGAAGUGAGGGCAAGGGAGACUUUAAAAAAAAAAAAAGUAAAAACAGAUUGAGAAGACUGUUGCCAGAAAUUAACACCUUGUAGACCUCCUUAGUUUUUAAAUUGAAUUCGCUGCUUGGUCUGUAACGUUAUAAAUAACUUAUAUCAGAAGACAGCCUGUAAUAUUCUUCAGAUUAAAUGAAGUGUGAGAUA